CUCUGUACUUCUCUCCUCUCCAUCACCCUCAUCGUUUAUCUACUUUGCUGCCUCGACUCUCUGCAAAUAUCCCCCAAUUUCCGCUUCUCUUUCUCCGCAUAAACCUUAAUAGGAACUUGGGUUUUUCGAAUUUCGACUUCCUUACUUUCUAUUUCUGCUUUGUGUUUACAUUUCCUUAUUUGGGUUUAGAUCGAUAGACUUCAAGCAGCUAACAACAAGCUCGCAGAUCCAUCAUUUUCUUCUGGGUCUUCUCAAGAUUUCUAUAUUGGAGACAACUAGUUUGAUUGGUGGAGUGAUCUGGAAGAGGAUAGAAAGAAGAGUCAGAUCUAAGAAAAAGGAAGCAAUUUAAAGCAAUGUCUUUUAUUGGUACCCAGCAGAAAUGCAAGGCCUGUGAGAAGACGGUCUAUCCCGUGGAGCUCCUCUCUGCAGAUGGGGUUCCUUAUCAUAAGUCUUGCUUCAAGUGCACGCACUGCAAAGGCACUCUAAAGCUUGGAAACUAUUCUUCCAUGGAAGGCAUAUUGUACUGUAAACCUCAUUUUGAGCAGCUGUUCAAGGAGACGGGUAGUUUCAACAAGAACUUUCAAUCACCUGUCAAGUCAGCUGAGAAGUUGACUCCAGAGCUGACGAGGUCACCUAGCAAAGCGGCCAGCAUGUUUUCGGGGACACAGGAAAAAUGUGCUACUUGUGGUAAAACUGCCUAUCCGUUGGAGAAGGUAACUGUGGAGGGUCAGUCCUACCACAAGUCGUGCUUCAAGUGCUCUCAUGGCGGCUGCCCCAUUUCACCUUCAAAUUAUGCAGCCUUGGAGGGCAUUUUGUACUGCAAACACCAUUUCUCGCAGCUUUUUAAGGAGAAGGGAAGCUACAAUCAUCUGAUUAAGUCUGCAUCGCUGAAACGUGCAACAGCCUCUGUUCCAGAUGCCUGAAACAACUUUAACCGAUGUAUAUUUUUCAUGUAUUUGGUUGGAUUUUAUACUGCUUUCCCUGUGUGCCUCUUUCUUUUUACCUUUUGGAUCCCUCUGAUUUUUGUUGUGGGGAGCAAAAACUUGGCUUCUCUUCUCUUUUGUUGUUUUUGUCUCACUGAUCUUUUGGGAUAUUGGUUGUGUUUGAAUGAUGUAUGGGACUGUAUUGCAUGCAUUCCCAGAUCUGUAAAAUGACUCUUGCAGGACUUUGUCUGCGUAAAUGAAUUAAUGCUUUUCAUCA